AUGGAUGUGCCCAUGUGUGAUUUAUUGGUGUCGUGGCAGCAAGUUGACCCAAAGGUGAGGAAGACUGGUAUGUUCCUUGCGUGGGUAAUAUGGGGCGAAAGAAAUAGGAAGGUGUUUGAUAAUCACACUACUCCACUGCAAGUGUUAGUGAACCGAGUUAAAAGAUUGACCGAAGAUCAUGAUAAAUAUGCGUCGCGUAUUUACCACACCCUGCCUUCCAGGUCAGCUUCAACCCUGUCAAAGACGUGGUGUCCUCCCCCUCAUGGUAUAGUUAAACUUAAUGUUGAUGCCUCCCUUUCUGUCGAGGGAUGGAUUGGCUUAGGUGUGGUAGCUCGUGGUUCGACUGGGCAGGUUCUGUUUGCUGCCACAAGACGCAUCAAAGCGUUCUGGGCCCCUGAAGUUGCGGAGGCCAAAGCAAUAGCUUUGGGUUUGAAGUUGGGUAAACGCUAUGGGCUCCAAGAGAUUAUAGUGGAAUCGGAUUGUCAAGUUGUUAUCAACCGGCUCUCAAAAAGUGCUCUUUUUCUCUCUGAUUUAGAUCUUGUUCUUCAUGAUAUCUUUUCUUUAUGUAGUUCCUUUAGCUCUCUCUCUUGGUCUCAUGUAAAGAGAGAUGGGAAUUUCGUAGCUCAUCAUUUAGCCAAACUAUUUCCUUUCGGUGUCGAACAAGUUUGGGAGAACCAUUAUCCGGUGGAGGUGGCUCCUUAUGUUCUUGUUGACAAUUUGGUUUUGAAUUAA